GUAUUUGCCAUCAGCAAGCGCGUCAACUCCUAAUAGCAACAUCAAUUUGCCAGACUUGUAUCAGACUUUGCUUGUGGAAAAGAAACCCAAUGUCUAUUCCUGCAUCAAUAGCGUUAGCUUGUUGCCCAAUCAAAUACUAUUAGUAAAGGAUAGAAGCGACAAGUUCCUUGAAGAUGCCGGGUUUGUUUUAGCGAAUUAUGUAGCAAUUG